GUAGAAAAAAAAAAACCAAAAGAUCCCAGCGUUCCCCUCCUGCGCGACGCGGCCGCCGCCUGCGCCUCCCCUUCUUCCUCCCAGCUCCGGUCGCCCUCACCGUACCUCGCCUCCGUCAGCCGCCUCCCCUCUGCUCAUCUGCGGGGCUCCUCUAACUAGGGGACCUGGUAGUACCAGCUUCCGCCGCCGUGCAGCCGGGAGGAAAUCCCGGAGGAGGAGAGGUGGGAUCAGUACAGGAGCAGCAGCUAGGCGACCGAGAGGAGGUUGGGGAGGAUGGUUUCGCUGUCGACGUGGUUCCGCUAUGCCGCCCACAAGUUCGAGUACUCCAUCUCCCUCUCAUGGAAGAAAUAUAAUGUCGGCCAGAUCAACAGUAGAGAGCUAACUGAUGCGAUAUGGAAAAACUUCUUCCAAGGCAAGCUCACCUUCACGCAUUGGACCAAAGGGGGAGAAGCCAUGACUCCCAUCGUAUCUCCAACUGGAGGAACGCUCCUUGUCAGAAAGCUCGCAAAUUUAAGCCCCACACAAGUCUUUGUUGGAGAUGUCGUCUUGUUAAAAGAUCCAGAGAAAUCGGAUGAUUUAAUUAUUCGACGACUGGCUGCCCUGGAAGGCUAUGAGAUGGUCUCUAAUGAUGAGAAGGAUGAGCCAUUUGUACUUGAGAAAGAUCAAUGCUGGGUCCUGGCAGACAACCAAGCCCUAAAGCCCAAGGAAGCUAGAGAUAGCCGAUUGUUUGGACCUGUCCCUAUGACCGACAUCCUUGGCAGAGUGAUAUACUCUUUAAGAACAGCCGUCGAUCAUGGCCCAGUUGAGAACAGUGGCAUGGCCAUGAACCAGGAUGCCCCAGUACUGGCAGUAGAGCUUGAUGUGGAAGAGAUGGCGAAGAACAAUAAGACGUAGACACUUGAUGCUUUUGACAUACUGCUCUGUAACUUACCGUUACUUUGGGUUUUGUUAUUUACGAUCUGUUACUUCAAGUAGAACCUCCAUUGGAAUGUUAUUCACGAUUUGCCUGUGGAGAAGUCAAUAAUCGUUUCAACAAAUAAUCCAGAGGUUGCUGGAUCGUGAUCUUUCCAACUGUGUCGGUAACGUUGUGUGAUUGUAAUGCCUGAAUUUGAGAUCACAAUUUCGUUUGCUGCA